AUGAUCGUACCGCGCUCCUCUUGCCGGCUGGCGAGACAAUCACUCUCACAGCUUCAGUUCUGCCGGAGAUCAAAUCGCACCGCUCCCGCCGGCACGAUCCUCGGGCGCCAGACACAGCGGUACAUGAGCGCCGCCGCCUACCAGACCCCCGCAGGCUUGAAGGAUCUUCUGCGUGUAUCGGACGAAGUCGCCGACGCCGUUGCAACGAACAAGCCCGUUGUGGCUUUGGAGUCUACCAUAUACACUCACGGCGCGCUGGGUAAUGAUCUCGGUCUGGAGGACGUCGUCCGUCAGGGCGGUGGUGUGCCUGCUGUGUGCGGUAUUCUCAAUGGACAACCUGUCGUGGGUUUGAACGAGGAAGAAGUUGCUUUCAUGGUCAACUCUGGAACCGCCAGCAAGGUUUCCAGACGAGAUGUUGCUCACUUGGUCGGCUUGGGCAUGACCGGCCGUAAAGUUCACGGUGGCACAACCAUUGCCGGCACGAUGCUCCUCGCCCGCCUCGCCGGCAUCCGCAUCUUCGGCACCGGCGGCCUCGGCGGCGUCCACCGCGGCGGCGAAAACAGCAUGGACGUCUCUGCAGACCUCACUGAGCUCGGCCGCACCCGCGUAGCCGUCAUCAGCGCCGGCUGUAAGGGCUUCCUCGACAUCCCCCGCACUCUCGAGUUCCUCGAGACCCACGGCGCCUUCGUCGCCACCUUCGCCGAUGGCCGCACUGGCAAGGUCGACUUCCCCGCCUUCUGGGUCCGCGAGAGCGGCACGAAGAGCCCCCUCGUCGUCGAGACCGAGCGCGAGGCCGCCGCCAUGAUCCUCGCCCAGGAGAGGCUGAACAUUGAGUCCGGCAUGCUCUUCGCCAACCCCAUCCCCGAAGAACACGCGAUCCCUCGUGAAGAGAUGGACGUCGUCAUCGAGACGGCCGUCAACGAGGCUCUGGAGAAGGGCUUCACGGGAGCGAGAAACACCCCGUACGUCCUCGGCAGGAUCAGGGCGCUGACAGAGGAGAGGAGCACGCUGGCCAACGUGGCGCUGGUGAGGAACAACGUGGCGCGGGCCACCCAGAUCGCCGUCGAGCUGUCCAAAAUGCUGAACGAGGGCACGGAGUCCGUCUCUUCAAGCAAAUUAUUUGCCGGAUAUGACGCUGCUGCAAAGCCUGCGACGAAAGUCGAAGCCCCUAAGUCGAGCAAGGCGGAUGUCCUCGUUGCAGGCUCGGUAGCUAUCGAUCUAAGCUGUGACUACCAUCCUCUGGGCGACGUUAAGGAGAUCUCGCCUCACAUGCACACUUCCAACCCCGCUUGUAUCAACCAGUCCAUCGGCGGUGUCGGUCACAAUGUUGCCCUCGCCGCACACAGAGUGAGCAAGGAUGUGAGCGUCCGCCUUUGCAGCAUGGUUGGAGACGAUGUCGCCGGGAAGACGGUCCUGUCCUCUCUCGAGUCAUCCGGCCUCGACACGACCUACAUCCGCCAACUUGGGUCCGAGUACCACCACUCGAACCGCACCGCCCAGUAUGUCGCCGUCAACGACGCCGAGAAGAACCUCGUGGUCGCCAUGGCCGACAUGGGAAUCUUUGCCAACCACUCCUUCCCCGAAUACUGGAAGUCUGCCGUCUCGGGCGCGAAGCCCGGCUGGCUCGUCGUCGACGGCAAUUGGAGCCCCAAGGACAUCCGCGCCUGGAUCCAGGCCGGCCGCGAGCAGGCUUGCGGCGUCGCCUUCGAGCCCGUCUCGACGGCCAAGUCGAUCGGUCUCUUCCCCAGGGAGCACCCUCACCUGGGCGUCUUCCCGAACCCGGGCAUUGACAUUGCGUCGCCGAAUAACUUUGAGCUGACGGCCAUGUACACGGCUGCCAAGGAGAACGGCUUCUUCGAUACGCCGGAGUGGUUUGAGGUCAUCGAUGCGUUCAACAUGCGCGGCGCGAGGGAUCGCUUUGUGCAGCUUACGUCCGCGGAGAUGACGGAUGCGGGUAUUCCGGUGCAGACUAUCCACCUUCUGCCGUACAUCCCCACGCUCGUGACGAAGCUAGGAUCAAAGGGAGUGCUUUUGACUACGAUCCUGGGACGGGAUGAUCCCCGUCUCAAGGACAGGAAUGAGGAGAGAUGGCUUCUUACGAGGGCGCCUGUUGAUCAUCCUACUGUUGGAGGCGUGUACAUGCGUCUUUUCCCACCGGCGGAGAAGGUUGCGAUUGAGGACAUUGUGUCAGUCAAUGGUGUUGGAGAUACCUUCUUGGGUGUCAUGAUUGCGGGCUUGGCAAAGGGAGGCAAGGUUCAGAACUUGAUUGAUGUUGCGCAGAAGGCGGCGGUAUUGACUUUGAAGAGCCAUGAGAGUGUGAGCCCGGAUUUGGGUCGGCUGGACGAGGCGUUGAAGGCUGCAGUGAGGCCCUGA